AUGUCUAACGCUGCAGCAUCCAAGCCCACUAAGUUUGGACAGAUAGUCAGUUUUGAUGGAAUGCCUGACCAAGCCAACAGAUGGAUAUUGUCAGCCAAAGCAUAUUUUGACAUAAAUGACACCAUCUAUGACCUAGACAAAAAGAAGGUCUUUGAAGCACUUUCCCACAUGGAAGAGGGAGCAGCCCUAGCAUGGAAAGAAACCAAAUUGACGGAAUACACAGGAUUGGGCAAAUACCCAAAAUGGGCAGACUUCAAAACCGACUUUAAUGGGACAUUUAUUACCGCAAACAUAAAAGGGAGAAAAGAAGAAAGAGGAAAAAAGGUGGAAGAAGCCAAUCAUCCUCAGCAGUACAAUUAA